CCGCAGCGGCGGCUCCUGGGUUCCUCUCUCCGGGCGCCUCGGAGGGCCUCCCCGACUGCCGCCGAGGUGCCGCGGCGCGGGGCAGAGGAGACGCCACCCUCGCAGCGCGUCGGCCUCGCAGCCGGCGGCGGGAAGCGAGCGUGCCCUCGAAGCCCAGGGCUCCUGCGAUCCCGUCCCCAGCGCCAUGGCAGUCCCAGGUUGCAACAAGGAUAGUGUUCGAGCAGGGUGUAAAAAAUGUGGUUACCCUGGUCACCUGACUUUUGAAUGCCGCAAUUUCCUCCGAGUAGACCCCAAGAGGGACAUAGUCUUGGAUGUGAGCAGCACAAGCAGUGAAGAGAGUGAUGAAGAGAAUGAGGAACUGAAUAAAUUGCAGGCACUACAAGAAAAAAGAAUAAAUGAAGAAGAGGAGAAGAAAAAAGAAAAAAGCAAAGAGAAAAUCAAGUUGAAAAAAAAAAGGAAAAGGUCUUAUUCAUCCAGUUCCGCUGAAGAGGACACCUCAAAACCAAAGAAACAAAAAUAUCAGAAGAAAGAAAAGAAAAAAGAAAAAAAGAAUAAGUCAAAAAAGGGGAAACAUCACAAAAAGGAAAAAAAGAAGAGAAAAAAGGAAAAGCAUUCUUCCACCCCUACUUUUUCUGAAAUCUCCAAAAAAUAACAGACUGUGGCUUUAAGCCACUAAAUUUAAAAUUUUGGCUUUGAAAAUCAUUUCACCUUCCUUGGAAUUUGCUAUAUAAUUAUGCUUUGCAAUAAAUCACGGGCUUGUUCAUAUGGACAUAUUUUCCACAUAUGAGACCAUUAUCCUCUGGCAAUAUAUUUUUAAUGUACUAUGAUUAUAAAGUAUGAAUCAGUCUUAUUACUUGAUAAGUGUGCCCCAAUAUGGAUAUCUGUACAUACAAACACAUCAUUUUUGGUAUCCGUGUCUCUGUAUGUUUGACUAGUAUUUUUACUUCAUAAGUUGAUUGUACUAUGGUCAACACAGGUAAUCUACCUGGCAGUUAAUGAGUAUUGCCGAAUCAAGUGUCUACCUUCCAGUGAUACAGUGAGAUAAGGGAUAACUGCUUUGCUCUUGACACUGAUGAAUUUAAUAGCUUUUUAUAUCCUAUGAUAAUGUAUGAAGAUAGUAAUAUUCUUCACUGUUGUUUUUUAAUCUCUGGUUUUUUUGGAUGUCAUAGAAGAUGAAGCUGAUUUAUUGGUCUUGACUAGAACUUUUUAAAUGAAUGGAAGAGGAUAAUGAAAAUAUUUAUAACAAAGUUUCAUUGUGUUAUGACAUGCAGCAUUUCUAGUACCUGCCUCCUUAUUUUUGUAACUAUUAAAAUAUUUCUUCCUGUUUAAAAACACAAGCCUAGUUCAGCCUAUUAGUCUCAUAGAGAUAAUGUUGUGUUGGGCAGGAUUUUUAGAAUAGACUCCUGGUUUGUUUUACAAAUGUGCCAUAUUGGCAUCUCUCAGAGUGAUACCUCAAGAACAGAACUCUUUAGGAGAUGACAGCGAAAUCUUCAUUAGAACUGAUUUUUAUUGUAUUCCGUAUGUAAAUUUUAUGAAACUUGUUUCUAUGGGUAAUGUGGAAAAUUUUUAUAAAUGUGAACAUAUAUAUUUAUUUGUCUGAAAUAAUUUGUAGUUUUGAAGCAGGUUUCACACCGAAUUAAUGCUUUCAUAAAUGACCCGUUUGGGGUGUUUCUUUCUUUUACUUCAGUCAUAAACCUCAGGAGCAGUGAUAAAAAUUUAGGAUUAAGAAUUUUAUUCUGUACUUUUUAAAAUUUAAGAGCCAGGGAGUUGCAUCAUGAAAGUCUUUAUAUAACAAUGGAAAUUUUAUAUGGGUAAGCAUUUUCAAACAAUAUUAGUAGAUAUAAGUGUUUCUUACAUUUUAAAUGUCACAGUGAUCAGUGUUAGUUACUUUACUUAACAUUUGGGUAUCCCUUACGCCCAAUAGCUUAAAUACUUUUAUUGUAGCAGCAUCAGGAGUCAAUCCAUUACCAAUGCACAGCACCAAAGAUUGCAGGUACCUCACUGCAGUGUAGUUGUAAGUUUUCAAAUUGGUAACCUACAGACAUGGCUACAGAUGAGCUCAUUAUGGGGAAAUCAGGUAAGUACACGUAUCCUCACAGGCCGGAGAGGUGUACUGAUUCUUUCUUUACCCAACACCCCCACUUGGCAUGACCUCAGUAAGCCUGGGGAGCCUCACAACCCCUGUUAACGUAUGCUUACCAUGCUGAGCUUCUAGGGACGCUGCACCCACAUCCCUGUCCUAUCGCGUUACAGCCAUGGAAGCUCUCACACUUACAGCUUUUCCAUACCUAAUUUAGUCAUAUGGCCAUGGAAAGAAAUUACCUUGUUUAAAUUAAGUUCAGUCAGUUGUUUGGAGAGAAACACAGAGUUAUUAGGUUUUUAAGGGCUUGUUUUGCCUUUGCUGUAUUUUAUGUAUUUUUGAAAUCUGUAUUUUCUGAAAAUAUAGUUCUUUGGCAUCAAAAUGACCAAAUAAGUAAAAAAGGUCUUAUUUAAAUUAUUGGAAAGUGCCAUAUGCAAAAGAAUGGUCUCAUCCUAUUGAGUGUGUAACGUGGUUAAUAUUAUAGUUUUAGUGAAUAGAAUUAAUUUAGUUAUUUGUAAGUUUAAUUCUGUUAAUUGUAAAGAUUAUAAUUUGGCUCAUUAAAUUUGUUUCUGCAUGGUGACAUGAUUAAUAAUGGUUCAGAGAGUUACAUAAAAUUCAGCUCUCAUUAACUCUGUGGUAUGCAAAUUGAAAGAUUUUAAUGCUUGGUAAUUAUUUUCCCCCAGAAACAAUCUUAGAAUUAUUCUUAGGUAAAUUUUCUAUCAUAUGAGAAUAGUUUAUGAACCACCUCCUCUGAAUUAAAUAAAUUUAUUUUUACUAAAGUGAUUUUCUUCUAAAGUGAUACUAUUAUUAUUGGUCUUCAAUGCAAAUCUCAGUAGUAUAUUUUAGGGGCAAAAAUAGUGAAAUUUCCUCUCUGGCAGUAUUAACAGGCAGAAAAGUCAAUUUUGUAGUAAAAAUCCAAAAAGUCCUGGACUUUCUAACUACCUAUGUGACCUUCAGCAGAGUCAUUUAGUUUCUCUGGGCCUUGGUGUUUUUCAUCUAUAAAAUACUGUACCAAGUUAUCUCUAAGAUCCCUUCCAGUCAUUAAUGUAUGAGUAUUGAUAUUUUAGUAAAAUUCAGGUAAUAUUGUUCAUUUUAGAAAUUAUUACAGAUGAGCAGGUAGCAGUCUGCAAUGAUAAAGGUCAAAUUUAUUAAUACUGCUGUUAAGCACAUUCAGCUUUUGCAAGCAGAUAAUUGAUAUUUGGUUCACAUCCUCACCAUCCAACGUGCACCAUUUUUGCUAGAUGCAGACAGAAUUUUUGUUUAGACCUGUAUCAAUAAUCACAUCUGAACACCUUGAGGCUACUGCUUCUGGGGUGAUGGACCCACUCCCCACACAAUUCCCUAUUUUCUCCGGAUCAUCUGUUGACUAACAUCUCUCAGAGGACUCUCCAGUGCUUCACAUUUAAUGCUCACCUGCUUUUUGAUCUUUGAGGCCAAAACAUCAGUAAAUGAGCAAAAUGACUGUAUGUACCUAUACUUACCACUCUCAAAUUAUAGAACCCUAGGUCACCUUCAGUUAAACUAGGUUGAAGAGUUAUUCAUAGUGUUCAUAAAAAUUCCAUCGUGGCCUUUCUUCAACAAACAUUUAUUGCAUCGCCUGGCACGGCAAACACUCUACUAAGCACUGGGAAUACACAGAUUAAAAAGACUAAUUGGCUUCCCUGAAGACGUUCGUCAUUCAGUUGGUAGGAGAAACACAGCACUUUAGUGCAGUAAUUGACCGGAACGUGGGUUUAGAGAAACACAUAGGGGUACUUCACCAGCUCUGGAGAAGUUGGAAGAGGCUCCUUAGGGAAAGUCGUGCUUGAAGUGCAUUUUGGUUGAGGAUGAGGGUGGCAGUUAUGGUAGUUCCUGACCAGUGGGCGCUGAACAAAGACCACAGUGGAGGCUGGGGGGUAUGUGUGUCAGAAUUAACAAGCAAUUUGUGAGGCCGAAGAAGUAAGAUUUCAGACUCCCAUCUAAGUUCUCGGGAACAAAAGGAGGAGGUCUUAGGUUCCAUGUUUAGGGAGUUUGGACUCUAAUGUGUAAGCAGUGAGGCACCAUGACAGAAUUUUAAGGAAAGAAAUGACUUAUUGGGGUUUGGUUUCAUUUAUUUCAUAAUUCUACCAGUUUUAAAAGAUAAAAUUGCUCUCAUUAGAAGGCCACAUAAAAAUGAUUAGAAUCUUUAUGUCCUAUUAUUUGUACUCUUCUAGGCCCACUUUUCUAAGAUCUGCUUAUUACCGAAAAUCAUACAGUGACUUGUCUCCUAAACACACAUAAAGUUGCAGUAUUCUUUAUCAGACCUGUCCCCAGAAUUACAUGCAUAUGUACAUACUAUGAAAUGUGUUUCGUUUUUAAUUUUAUUUUAGAUUAUUUUUGACUGACAAAUUCUGUUACUAUGUUAGUAUUUGUUAUGUCCAAAUAAAUCAUUUAAAAUGUACAGGCUGUGCUGUAAUUUGAUAAGCCUUCUUGCUUUUUAAAAAAAAGUUAUUGAUGUGACAUUGUUUCACAAAACCAUGUAUGUUUCAAGUGUACAGCACAACAAAACGUCGUCACACUGCAACAAAUGGCCUUCACCCCAAGCAAAGUCUCUCUGUUCCCAUUCUCCCCCUUUUUCCACCUCCAGAUACCUCCAACCUUUCCCUCUGGCCAUCACCACACUGUUGUCUGUAAGGCUUCUUGUUUUUAAUAUUUUGUCUCAAUCUGUGAAGCACAACUGCUUCCAAGUGACAGAGACAACCUGUUGGUUCACUGGAUGAGCCCUGUGGCGCCCCCUCAGGUUACCUGACUAGACAGGGAGUGCUUCAAGAACUCCACCUGGUCCUAGCGCUGGGAUUCAAGCCUCUUGGGCAGCCAGCAUUCAAGAACUGGUUUCUUAGGCCUGCAUAACGCUAAUCCCACUUGUGAAGCUCAGGGUCUUCUGACCUCAUUUGUCUUCUCCCAACUCCUCUAAAAAUAUGCAGUGUUGCCCUAACAGGUUUGGCUCAGUGGAUAGAGCAUCAGCCUGUGGACUCAGGGGUCCCAGGUUCUAUUCCGGUCAAGGGCAUGUACCUUGGUUGCGGGCACAUCCCCAGUGGGGAGUGUGCAGGAGGCAGCUGAUCGAUGUUUCUCUCUCAUCGAUGUUUCUAACUCUCUAUCCCUCUCCCUUCCUCUCUGUAAAAAAUCAAUAAAAUAUAUUUUAAAAAAAUAUAUGCAGUGCCCGAGACUGGGAUGUGUCUCCCAGAGCACACCCAUGAGGCAUCCAGCCACGCCCAGCCCAUGCCUGUCCCACAGGUCAAGAGUCGGGACCAUGAGCAUUUUGCAGACCCUGAAUCUUAAGUUUCCUACUUCUUAUGUCAUUUAUGGCCUGUGUCCUUCCCCUUGAGCAGAAAAGUAGAACUGUACCAGUGCCUUAACUAAACCUACAUUUAUUUUCACCAGAGGCAACAUCUAAUUAGUAAUAUAAUUAUUAACGUGUGCAUUAAGAUAGCUGAUUUUCUGGAAUUUUUUUAAAUCAAGCUAGCUAAAAGAUCAAGAAGUACCACAAAUGCUAUACAUGCUUUCACAAAAAGAAAUGAAAAUUCUUGGCUUUUGUGACCACAUGAAAAUUUUUGUAAUGUAGUGUUUUAACUUCUAGACUUCCCAUGCACCCUAAGCAAUCUUAAUAUCUAAACACUGACCAAAUUGUGCUUUUUUGAAACGUAAAAUAUAACAGGCAGUAGGUGUUACGUCUGGAACUAUGAUGUCAGUAUAACCACAUGUGGCUAUUUAAAUUAACUAAAAAUAUAAAAAUGUAUUCCAUUGCACUGGUCACAUUUCAAGUGCUCAGUAGCCACAGUGUGGAGUGGCUACCCUGCCAGACCAUGCACAUAGAGAAAGGACAUUCCCAUCUUCUCAGAAACUUCCACUGCACAGCACUCGUUUAGAAGAUACCCCCAGUUCUUGGUAGAAAUUUUGGCCACCUAAUGAUCAAAAGUUCUAUCCCUGAGAACAAUAAAGCAUUUUUUCUUUUUCCUAUCGGAACACAGAAGCUAUAUUCACCACUUUUGAAGAACACUAGUCUCCCAACUGCAGACUUUAUGCAACACAGACAUGUAUGUGUUUGGCAGAGCCAGCUUAAAAUGAUUCCUUUUUCCUUUUGAAUUCUAGUAUAAAACCAAGUCUGUGUUCUUGUAAUAAAAAUACCACUUAAGGGGGGAAAAAAUCUUUUAAGACAAUUAUAAUUUGCAGAAACUGUAGUUUAUUUGUAGCUGUCUCAGUGGUAUUAGGUAGAUCCAGGAACUUUCUCAGUGAAGGACUUUUGUCAUGGUUAUCCUUCAGUAUGCAGAAAACAUGUAUUAUGCAGAUUAUACAUUGUAAUGUAUUUUGGUUUUGAAUGUUAGCUUUUAUAAAGGCAAUAAAUAUAUGGUGAGUGUGCCAGCAAAUCCUCUAAAAAAAGGUAUGGGUUGACUUUUAAGAGACUUAGGAGCAUUCCACCUCUAGUUUGUAAGACCAUUCUCCCAAAAUCUACCUAUCUGCACCAUCGCUU